AUGUCGGGUAAGGCGACAAGGGUGCUGGCGCGCAUGCUGCCGAUCGACAUAAUGGCGCGGCAGCGGGCAGCGAUGUUCGAACGCCGAGGUCGCAGGGAGGGACUCCUGGCCUGUCCCAUUGAGUUGACAGAGACUAGGGAACGGGCUGAACAAACCGGAGUUGAGAAGUGGUGGGCUUGCUUGCGGGAUCCCGCUCUUGUUGGACGAAAAAUCCGUGAGGUAUUCGAACCUGUUUUAAACCGAUGGAUAUCAUGCCGGGGAGCGGUUCUGACUUUUAGGGCCAUCCAAGUAGUUACCAGUCGUGGCGUCUUUGGCGCCUAUCUCUUCCGGAUCUGCAAGGCAGAGACCUCUCUUUGCGAACACUGCGGACAGAAAGUAGACACUGCCCAACAUACCCUGGCGGGGUGUGUCGCAUGGGUGAUAGAGCGUGCGGCUCUCACCGCUGUAGUGAAGCCGAACUUGUCCCUGGCAACUGUGGUCAAGCAGCUAGUACGGGACAAAGAGUGCUGGCGAGCAUUCUUUAUAUUCUGUAAGAGACUGAUGAACGCCAAAAAAAAGCGGAAAAAAUCUGACAAAGGCAACAACCUCUUUUGUAAACGGGAAGGAAUGAGGUAG